AGCUAUCGCUGCUAUUCUGCAACUUUCUUGGACAAAAACCAAGCUGCAAAACUGGAAACCGGUGACAAAAUCUUCAUGCCACCCUCAGCCCUCAGUGUCCUUUUGUCUCUGCCCAGCAGUAACCCGAUGCUCUUCCAGCUACGAAACCCGAAUGCUGCCGAGAGAGAGUUGGUUUCACACUGUGGGGUUUUGGAGUUCACUGCAUUAGAAGACACCAUUUAUAUGCCUUCCUGGAAGAUGAAGAGCCUGGACUUGGAAGAGGGAGAACUUGUUCAAGUCAAGAAUGUGACUCUUCCAAAAGGCAAAUUCGUUAAAUUGCAACCCCACACCAAAAACUUCUUGGACAUUGCAAAUCCGAGAGCUAUGUUGGAGACAACACUGAGGAGUUUUACAUGUUUCACAACUGGUGAUACUAUCAAGCUGCCUUAUAAUGGCAAGGAGUACUAUGUGGAUAUCGUAGAAACAAAGCCUGGUAAGGCCAUAAGUAUCGUUGACACAGACUGUGAGGUUGACUUUGCCCCUCCUCGUGACUAUAAGGAACCCGAGAUGCCUGUUGCUGCAGCUUCUUCUCCGACAAACAAGGCGGCAUUGGUGGCAGCUGAUCAGAUUGAAGAACCUAAAUUCAACCCUUUUACCGGAGCUGGAAGGCGUUUGGAUGGAAAACCUUUGUCCGCUGCCCCAGUUUCUUCUUCCUCAUUAGUUGCAGCAGCCAAUAAUGGUAAGGGAAAUGCACAGCCAUCGAAUACAGGAUCCAGCUCACAAGGGACCAGUCGUCGGGCUCAGGGGAAGCUUGUUUUCGGAUCAAAUGCUGCCAACCGUACUACUACUCCAAAGGAAACAGAAAAGGAAGCUUCAAAAGAGCAGGCUAAGCCAGAAAAGAAAGAAGAUCCAAAGUUCCAGCCCUUUACAGGGAAAAGGUACUCAUUAAAGGGUUGA